AUGGCUGAAGAUACCUUCCGCCAACUAUGCAAGGAAAAUUCAAAUGUGGCCUGCACAGCAGGAAUCUACAGCAAGGCGUUAAUAUUGAUUGAGGAUAUGUACGCCGAAAUCGCGAACAAAGUUCUUAAUCAACUGGGAAUGUCGCCGCAAAAAUAAAACACGGUUCAACUUCUGCCAUGCUUGCAAUCAAACAUUCACAAGGUAAACCUGGAGCAGAAUGGCAUUUACGAUCAAAUACUGCGGAAUGUUAGUAACGAGGUUGGAGGAAUCUUCUUCCUAAAUGCGCCAGGAGGGACUGGCAAAACGUUCCUACUACGACCGAUUCUGCCGGCAAUUCGAUUUAAUAAAUGACAUAGCCCUAGCACUUGCAUCCCCGGAAUAGCUGCAACUCUGCUACCUGACAGAAAAUCCGUUCAUUCAGCUUCGAAAUUGCUUUUGAAUGCGCAAUUCAUUGAAACUCCCGCGUAUAACAUUUCCAAAGCAUCCGGCAUGGGAAAAGUACUGCAGAAAUGCAAACCUAUUGUUUUGGAUGAAUGCACAAUGGCGCAAAAAAGCGCUCGAGGUCCUUGACCGAACGCUGCAGGAUUUGCGAGGAAACAGCAGAUCAUUUCCGAUGCACUGCUACUGCUUGCUGGAGACUUCAGGCCACCACUGCCUCGAUCGGCAUCGGUGGACGAAAUAAAGGCUCGCCGCCAUCACUUACUCCGGAAUUCUCGAACGCGACUGGGUGCAGCAAACUAUUGCCCUGCCAUCGAAAACGUCUAGAAGGCCAAUCCUGGGUUUCGCACACAAUACGUACCGCCAACCGGUGGCGCUUACAUUUUUCUCAGUUGGGAACGUGCCCCUUCCUCUUUCCCUUACACCUCAAUUCAUCAGAUUGAUCCACAGCAACGCGUGGCGGGGUCCGGCUAGUUUUCUACUAAAUGAACAGAGGAAUGAAUAUUGUUAUGCAUGUUUUCCAUGAAAUAUAAUUGAAUCUUUAAGGGCAUCGAAAAUCGACGAAAAGAUGUAUGCUGCUCGAGUAGUCAUUUUUUACGGACUAUGGUUUUUGGGGACAACCAAAAAGAAGUUUGUUCGAGAGGCGACGUCCUGGGGUAACUGAAUUACUAUAGAAUUAUGCUGCACGAUGAUUGGUUUUACAACCUUACUUAAUUAAUCUUUUCGAAACGAAAACGCAUUUCGGGAUUUCUGUUGAGAUUUCACGAGUUAGCCCACAUACUGUAUCUGCCGGCAAGAAAGUAUUCCGACUGAAAAACACUCCAGGAUGGUUGAUUUGUAGCCUGGACUUUCGAUAAGAGCUGCUUUCCGCUUGCUCUCAAGGACGGCUUUCAGUGGUCAAGGUCAUAUGUCCUCCUGGGUUGUCAGUUUUUAACUCUCCGAAUCGGGAGAUCACUAGCAUAUCCACCAUCCCAUGCUUUAUCUGAACUUUCACCAGCAGCCUAGAAGAUUCUCUGGAUAGCCACGUAGUCGCAUCUUUCCGAGAAAAACCGGACAGCCCAAUCCUACUAGCCCUCAUCCGCGGGCAUUACAGGCGUCGAUUCAGGAGUUUCACUUUAGUGGUCACAUUUUGUUUGCAGUCAGACUGAGCUCGAUCACCUGUCGUUUGGGGCCUUGCAGCCAGCAAACGUUUAGUUUAAAUCAUCGGCUCUUAGAGUUCCCAUCCGUCAAUAACUCCAGGGUCUUCGGGCGGAGCACUUUUGGGCCUCACAGAGUCUGCUGUCGUGGGCUGCAUAACGGUUUAUUCGACUUCUUAUUCGGCUUUGACUCAUGCUUUCACGCUACAUAUUUGCUGGCUGCAGUUUUCUGAAACAGUGACGGCUCUCUGGGGGCCGUCUGGCGACAGUCACUAGCCUAUUUUCCUGCCAACAGCGUCUGUAGACCCCGAGGUAUUGCCAAAACUCUGCAGACACAUGGUACUCUGUUGCAUCGCCAUCAGUUUUUCGCAUUCUGAUUAAGUUCUGUAACGAUAGCCAUUUAAAGAUGAAAAAUUCGGAGGACGCGGCACGCUGUCCUGGUCCCAAGUGGCGCCGCAAUGUCAGCAUUGAAAGUAAAGUAAACCAAGGGGGAGGGAUGCUGAAAUCGUCAGUGGGAAAUGUAGCUGAGGCUGAAACGGAAAAGGCAACCUGAUGCAUGCCAAAUCUGCCACGAGAUUGACGGAAGCCUGGAAUGCCCACAAAAGACCUAACUGACAGAAAACGCGGGACAGCAAUAUCCCCAAACGUAACGGGAAACCUAACUGCACCCUCGAAAGUAAACCUUAUUCUAAACGUACAUAAUAAUAAGCCGAACGCUAGCCCUAAACUGAACACUGAAUAUAACUCUAAACCUAUCACAAACCCUAGUCGUAACUCUAACCCUAACCCUAACUCCUACCCAAAUCCUAACCCUGACCUUGAUUGUAACCAAAACCCUAACCUAAGCCGCAACCCUACCCUAACCCUAACACUAAACCCGACCUUACCACUAAACGUUACCCUAAACCGCAAUCCAGAGCCUAAUUCUGACCGGAACUCUUAAACUUAACACAAAGCCUAACCCUAAAAUCAAUUCCCAGCCUGACACUGACCCUACCUCCAAACCGAAACAUCAGGUUGGUCUUUUCUGUUUUAGCUUCGGCUACUCUCCCCACAAACAAUUUCAGCACCCUUCUUCGGCCUACUUUAUUUGCAAUGUCCAUAUUGCGCUUACACUUGGGACCAAGUUGGCCUAACCGACCUCUAUCCAAAUUUACACCAUUCAGUAUUAGUAUGCAGGUGUUCUUACUUUUGCUGUGCCUGAAAUAUUAUUCAAGACAUAAGUGAAGCACUAAAGAAGUAUGUAAAAAACGUAGAGCAACUUGGAGAUAUUGCGCACAAACAUUCCUCUGAAGUCUUCCCGUUCCCGAGAAAGGAAUUGGGGCUUUAUGACGAAGCUGGAUAGAGGUACUGGGGACAUCUGACGUGUCAUAGAAAACGCUACGGGCAACAUCCGUAAGCAGUGACCUUAGCACUUUGGUUUACUGGGAUCGGGCCCCAGGCUAUGAAAAUCGUUCCGUUGGUGAAAGUAUGGAACGCCACUGAUGAUUUCAGCAUCUUUACUUGAGAUGCUUACACUGUGCUUGCAGUUGAGACCAGGACCCCUACCGAGGGUUUCACUGUCGUCCCCGUCCAGUAAUAAUAAUAAUUGUAUUAAAUGCCAGUUUACAGGCAGGGAAAGGUUAAGCAAAAAUCCAACCAUCAGUGAAAAAACUCCCGAUAAAAAAGGGGAAGGUAUCUUAAUUCUCAUCCCGAUACUAACUAGACCUUAAAAGUAACCCAACCUCUAAACCGAAACAUCAGGUCGCCCUUCUGCUGAGGCUGACACGGGAAAGGCAACCUGAUGCAUGACAAAUCUGCCACGAGAUUGACGGAAGCCUGGAAUCCCCACAAAAGACCUAACUGACAGAAAACGCGGGACAGCAAUAUCCCACACUUAACGGGAAAUCUAACUGUACCAUCAAAAGCAAACCUAAUUCUUAACCUAAUUAGACGAGAUCGCAGUUGGAAGCCAGGCCCCGUAUUACAGGUGGCUGUGAGGUUUGUCUACUGGGGCUUUUUGUGGGGCUACCUAAUCAUGUCUGACCCAUUUGGCUUCCGCUUUACGUUUGAGGUUAGGAUUAGGGUACCGGUUAAGGCUUUCCGAUUUUCGGGUUAGGGUUAUGCCUUUAGGCUUAGGCUUUCGGGUUACGGUUAGGGUUUAAGCGUACGAUUAGGUUUCAGUAUUACGUUUAGGUUUUGCAUUUAGGGCUAUAAGCGCUACGAUUACGUUUACGAUUUCGGUUAGGGUUAGGGUUAAGGUGGCCGUUAGGGUUAAGGGUUUACGCUUAAGGUUAAGGUUAGGGUUAGGGUUAAUUUCGCCGUCCGCUUCCCCAUUCCUGACUACUGACUGCGAUCUACCACUAACUUUAACCCCAACCUUACCACUAAACGUUACCCUAAACCGCAAUCCAGACCCUAAUUCUGACCGGGACUCUUAAACUUAACACUAACUCUAACCCUCAACUCAGUUCCCAGCCUCACACUAACUCUACUCCUAAAGUCAACCCUACUGUUAAACAUAAACCUCAGGUUGCCCUUAUCCGCAAAAGACCUAACUGACAGGAAACGCGGGACAGCAAUAUCGGUAAACGUAACCGUAAUCUCAAAAGUAAACCUAAUCCUUAACGUAAUUAUAAACCUAAAGCUAACCCUAAACGUAACACUAAGCCUAACCCCAAACCUACCACAAACCCUAGCCCUGCUCCUAAGCAAGCCUCAACCCUCAAAAAGAUCCUGACCUUAACCCUAACCCAAACCUUAAACGUAACCCAAUCCCCAACCUUAACCAUAAUCGUAGCCCUAUACAACCCUAAUCCUAACACCAACCCCAACCCCGUCGUUAACACUAAACUUAAAUCUAAACCACAAUCCAAACCCUAACUAUAACAGUAAUCCUUAAACUUAACACAAACCCCAACCCUAAACUCAAUUUCCAGCCGGACACUAACCCCACCUCUAAACCGAAACAUAUGGUCACUCUAAUCCGUUUUAGCUUUGGCUACUUUCCCACCAACAAUGUCAGCAUCCUUCUUCAGCUUACUUUACUUCCAAUGCCCACAUUGCGCUUACAAUUGGGACCAGGACAACCUAAAUGGCCACUACCCGGCGAACGUACGUUUUUGAUUAUUCAUCAUCAGGCCUGUAAGGUAAAACAAUGAAAGUUAAAUAACAGCCUAUGAACAGUACUCAGGGGGGAAAUGACUCUGGGCGUUCAGACAUCUCGGACAUCAGGCAUAAUUAUAGCCCAGUUCUGUCGGGUCAUAGGGGGGGUGGAGGGUAAGGUGGGUAGAGGGAGUUGCGUGACGUAGGACUCGGAUUCGGCCGAGGGAGCUUCAGGGCUUAUAUAAACGCCCUCUGCAAGCAUAAGAUGGAGUUGACUGACCGUAAGGUCACUACUUCUGUCGUGGCGACUCUCCGCUGACGCAGGAACUUGGUGUGCUUCGCGGGAACUUUAAAGGCUUGCUUAACGUAUACCCGGUGGCCUCUGUCAACCUAGUGAGCCACAAUUGCGCUGGAGGUAACAAUCGGGAGCUGGCAUCCAAAAAAUCCGUUACCUAGAAAUAAUGCCUUUACCAGUGGACUCAAACGCCUUCAGGCUAUAUCAGCGGUUGCAGGCCUACUUUCACGCACUACUUGGACUUUCCCCGACUGCCUAACAUGGGCUGGCCGAACGAACAUCGCAGGAGGUUACAUGGACGAUGGUCGAUGUUACUCAACCUUCUCCAUCGUUACACACGUACACCUGAAUAUAUGGCAUACAUUCGCAUUAUGGCAGUUUAUUACAAAAUAAAAUCUCUUCUAAAUAGGAUAAGUCUGCACAACAUGGGACAGGAACAGUUCCCAGGCAUCUGUCAAAGACAUGGCAUUGAGGCCAAACCAAGGACAAUACUGUACUUCGUCUAUGUGAGCCCACACAGAUCGACCACAUACAGGACCUCGUAAAAAUUCCUUUUCAGUGUACUCCAGUAUACCUCAUUGGAAUUGGUGUGCCGUCCGGUGGUAGGGUCCUUGAAGUUCUUUGAGUGGUUAACAGAGAAAUAUAGAUAACCUUCUGAGGGAAGACGAUUAUACGCCUUCCACUCGACCGUUACCACUAUACUGCUUUGGCGACCCAUUUUGUAAUGACGGGACGGAGAGCGGGCCAACUUCGAUCAUUCACCUGUUCAAAUAAGGCUUGUCGUCGGCUAAUAUCAUACAUCCCGACCAGCCACCACCCAUAAAACCCUAUUACCACCUGUCCCGUAAGACAGGCUGCUUUGGCUAGGCGGAUUUUUGGGUGCCAUCUCCCGAUUGUUACCGGACUUUCCACGCCUUGGUUUAAUCACGCAUGAUGAUGCCCUCGCAUCCGUUUGGAUAAGCCUCUAGUUGUUCGACCAAUAAAACCCGCCCCGAGAAACAAGUGAAGGUUCACAUGCACACCGAGGAAGUUUUAAAGGGUAGUCUAUCCUCAACUUCAAGGCAAAGAAGAGUGAAUCGCUCGAGAAAAUUAGUUUUCUCCUGGGUGCGUACGCUCAGUAGUAGAGGUUGGGUGAGGCUGUAGAAAUUCGCUGUCUGAGUCCCCUCGAACUGGUGGAGAUGUUAGGAAUAGCUCUUUCUUUUCGGCCGUUGGUACACCCGUUUUGGUGCACAUCCUUUCAUAUGUCUCGCAAUAAAAUUACCAGAGAAACCUCUUUCCCCAAAACUUUUUCGUAAAAGUGCGAGUUUCUAAUAGAAGCUAAGAGGCGAGUUCCAGGAAGUAGUCGAGGAGAAGGAGACACGAUUGUUGGAACAGGUACUUUAUUAGCCUGACGUUUCGGAUUCUCCCUCGAAUCCAUCAUCAGAGACAGAGCCAGAUAAGGAUGGUGGAUUGUCCAGGUGUUGCAAUAUUUAUAGGUUGUAGUUGCUAGGCCGCCACAGGCGAGUUCGUUCCUCAACGUAUUCCGAGUGCCGGGUUGGUUAGGCAGUGGGCAAAACUCAGUUACUGACUUAGAGGGACAGCAUGUUAGAAAUUUGUAUCUUGCCCUCCCUCGAUUUCUUACAAAGUAAACUCGGCAACUGGUUGCGGGACCCGUUUUACUGUCAACUUAAACGGAAAAGGCAACCUGCCACGAGAUUGAAGGACGCCUAGAAUCCCCGCAAAGAACCGGGCUGACAGUAAACGCGGGACAGCAAUAUCCUAAAACUAACGGUAAACCUAACCGCAACCUCAAAAGUAAACCUUAUCCUUAGCACAAUUAUAAACCUAAAGCGAAGCCUAGACUUAACACUAACCCUAACCACCGAACCUACAACAAACCCUAGCCCUAACCCCAGGCCUAGCAUUAACCCCGACACAAAUCCUAACCCUGACCAUAACUGUGACCCAAACCCUAACCCCAACCUUGACUGUAACCCUACCCUAACCCCAACCUUACCACUAAAAGUUACCCUAAACCGCACGCCCGUUUUGGUGGACGUCCUUCCUUAUGGCUAGUGAUAAAAUUACCAGGGAAACCAAUUUCCCGAAAUGCUUUUCGUAUGAAGGCCACUUCGUUCCCCAAAGUUUCCGGAAUGCAUAUGGUCCUAGCUGGGUUGGUUAGGCAUCGGUCUAAACUUAGUUACUGACUUAGAGGGACGAAAUUUUAGAAAUUUAUAUAUUAUCCUCUCCGGAUUUCUUACGAAGUACACUUAGCAAAUGGUUCUGGGGUCCGUUUUACUGUCAACUGCGCUCAGAAAUAUUAACGUGUUCACCGAUAGGGUUGCAGGACUUACUCGUCCCGUUGUACUUUGGGGUUCAGUCCUCACAGGCAAUCAAGGGAGACUGGGCUGGCCAUUUACGGCCUACUAAUCAUCCCCAAUCAGCCAUACCCAACCCUAGGUCCGGAUGACCUGGGAUUUGAACCCGGGAUCGCCGCUUAUUGAGCGUUAGAAAGUGCAAAUUUCCACCAUUGAGCCACGGGUCCGUUGUUCUGUCGGCCGCGAUCGAGAUUAUUAACUCUGGUGGUGGGGCAUUCAUCGAUCAGCAACAGCAGAACACGGACCUUUGAUUGCUGGUAGAACAUUCGCACUACUGUUCAGUGACGAAAGAGUUCGAUAUCCUAACUGAAUGGAGUUAAGGUAUGACCAUCUGGCAACGUCAAAGAAAUGCCCAACCGUCGUUUAAUCCCCUUCCCCCUCCCUUGGCGGUAACGUUUUCCGUUUGAAUGCACUUACUUCGCGUUCAUCUACUGCUUACUGCCCGCGUUUUUGUGAAACUCAUAGACCAAAGCAUUCCUUUUAUAGAGAAGAACUCCUGCUCAGAUCUUAUGCUUUUUGAGUUAAAAAUAUCUGUCCUGUGUUUUCAGGAGUUGAUUCCACCCCGACAAUGUGGACCUAACCUGCCCCAAAUUGGAUUUCAUUGUAUUUCCUGUAACAAAAUGUUCAUCCCAACACGGUCGGUACUUGUGUGAAUCUUCCACAAACGCUGCUAGUCGAAUGGGAGUUUGAAAAGUGAUUCGGGAUCGUCUCAACCAGUUUAUACACCCGGUCCUGACCUCCACUACUGGCUGCACUAACUUGGUCAGGCUUAUGAGAAAAAAAGGACAACUCCCAUUCUUGCCGAAUGCUGAGGAUGUCUGUAUCGCCAGUUCAGUUGACAACGAGUUCACCACAAGGUGACGUUUUAGGGCAAGAUGCGACUACUCGCGGGAACAGCUUCCCUCGGCCACUGGGUAGAACGGUAAUUAGGUAACAGAAAAUAAGGAGAAAAAAAACCACCUCGGCACUGAGGAUAUAUUUAGCCGGGCAGUAGCCAAUUUGCUGCCCUUUAAAGCCCUUAUGCAGCGCAGAAGUGAAUCGCGCGUUUUGUCUGCCGAAUCCGACCAACAUUUCCACCAACCGACGUCGCUGGGCAGUCCAGUGGUAGUGCGUGCAUGUCUCUCCGCUACCAAUAAUUAAACACUGGUCAUCGAUCAGCGAACGAAUUAAGAAAGAAGAAUAAAUCUGUAAUUUUGCUUGAUCUCGCGUUCAGUUCUGCCACCAGCGCCACCCCACCACCACCACCGCCACCGCCGCCGCCGCCGCCGCCGCCGCCGCCGCCGCCGCCGCCGCCGCCGCCGCCACCACCACCACCACCACCACCACCACCACCACCUGUAGUGCGUUACAUACAGGCGCCUGGGAAUAGACAGAGGCAGGAGGGGUACGACCAGCAGAGUGUCCUAUCCGGCUCAGUCUGGUGCGCGCCGAUAAGAAUGCUGGCCUGA